CCAGCCGCGCCGGCCAUGAAGGCGAGCCCUGCGGCAGCCGCCCCGGCGCCGGGGCCGGCGGGGGGAGUUCGGGAGCCCGAUGCGCGCUGGCGGGAGAAAGGCGAAGCGGAGGCGGAGAGGCAGCGCACCCGGGAGAGGCUGGAGGCCACGCUGGCCGGGCUGGGCGAGCUGGAGUACCUGAGGCAGCGGCAGGAGCUGCUGGUGAAGAGCCUCCUGCUGCAGCGGCCGGCGGGAGCCGUGCCCGGGGCGCAGGGGGGCCGGGGGGAGCCGGCGGGAGAGGGGCCGCCGCGCAGCCUGGAGGAGAAGUUCCUGGAGGAGAACAUCCUGCUCCUGCGGAGGCAGCUGAACUGCUUGAGGAGGAGGGAUGCUGGCCUCCUAAAUCAGUUACAGGAGCUAGAUAAGCAAAUAAGUGACCUCCGCCUGGACGUGGAGAAAACGACAGAUGAACACCUGGAGACAGACAGUCGUCCAAGUUCAGGGUUUUAUGAGCUGAGUGAUGGAGCUUCGGGAUCUCUCUCCAAUUCAUCUAACUCUGUCUUCAGUGAGUGUUUAUCCAGUUGCCAUUCUAGCACUUGCUUUUGCAGCCCUUUGGAGGCAACACUGAAUAUCUCAGAUGGACGCCCUAUAUCUGCAGAUCUCAUAGGCUGGAUGGACUAUAAUAAGGAAGGCCAGCAUGAGGACCAGCCCGCAGGCUCUGUUUGUCGCUCUUUGUCCACACCGCACUCAAAUUCCCUCGAUGUCGUUGCAGAUGUGCAUCCAAAGUACCAGUGUGAUCUGGUGUCUAAAAACGGGAACGACGUCUACCGGUACCCCAGCCCACUCCACGCGGUCGCUGUGCAGAGUCCCAUGUUUCUUCUCCCCGUGACUGAAAACCCCCCUGGAGAAGAGGAGAGGCUCGGCUGCGGUAUCAACGAUGCUUGCGCCGGAUCUGAAACGGACUCGGGAAAAUCCACCAACGCUUUUCUCCCACAGAGCUCCUGGGCGGCACCCUGCCCUUCCGCCAGUAAGAGGAUAGAUGGUUACAUCCUAAGCCUGGUUCAGAAGAAGACUCACGCGGUAAGGACUAACAAACCCAGGACGAGUCUCAGCGCCGAUCCCACCAAAGGGAUCUUGAGGCAUGGAAGUAUGUGUGUCAGGCAGCCCUCGGGGGUGGUGGGUCAUGGCAACGUUGUCAACCUGAAGAACUCCAAGCAAGCGUGCUUGCCUUCUGGCGGGACCCCUGCUCUGGACCACACAGCACCCUCCCCGUUGAAGCAGAGGCCACGGGAGCCAGCUGGUGAGCAGCUGGAGAGCAGGAAGGCACCUUUGCCAGCAGCUUUCCCACCUGGCACGGCCAGCGAGCUCCAGAGCAAGCACCUGCCACGGUGCAUCAAACCGGCACCUCUGGAGCUCAGCCGCAACGCAGCGGCCGCGGCAGGGGAUGUCCCCAGGGAGACCGGCCAGCUCUUUGCCGCCUCUCCCAAAGAGAGCCCGGGGAAGCCUGUGAUGCUGCAGCCAGAGAGCAGAGUCAGCCAGCCUCCCAAAAAAGUCCUGCUGAAGAGCUUGCAGGCAGCUCGCUCCUCAUCGCCUGCUGUUGACGAGAGGCCAGCACUGGAUUUCAAAAGUGAGGGCUCUUCCUCCCAAAGCCUGGAUGAUGGGCUGCUGGUGAACGCCCAGUACAUACCGGCCCAGCAGCAAAGUGUCAAGCUUCACAAAGGCACCCGAAACGUGAAGAUUUUGAAGAGUUCAGCCCUGAAACACAGGCCCCACCUCGCCAACGGGCUGGAAAACGGUUCGCAGGCCUCGCGGGAGAAAACCAAGGCGGUCGGCAAGAAGUGCCGCUUUCCUGAGGAGCUGGAUACAAAUAAGAAACUGAAAAAGCCUUCCUCCCGGGGGAAGAGAGGCAGCGGCUUGCAGCCCGAGUCGGGGCUCCCGAGCCGGCAGGCUGGCCUGCACAAAUCCGCCAUCCGAUCCCACGGGCACGGCCGAGAGGCGGUGGUGGCCAAGCCCAAGCACAAGCGGGCCGACUACCGCCGGUGGAAGUCGUCGGCGGAGAUUUCCUACGAGGAGGCCCUGCGGAGGGCGAGGAGGAACCGGCGGGAGGGCGUGGGGGUCUACUCCCAAGUCCCCCUGCCCUACGUCAGCCCCUACUCCUACGUGGCCAGCGACUCGGAGUACUCGGCGGAGUGCGAGUCCUUGUUCCACUCCACCGUGGUGGACACGAGCGAGGACGAGCAGAGCAACUACACGACGAACUGCUUCGGAGACAGCGAGUCCAGCCUGAGCGAGGUGGAGUUCGUAGGGGAGAGCACGACCACCAGCGACUCUGACGAGAGCGGGGGCCUUAUUUGGUCCCAGUUUGUCCAGACGCUCCCCAUCCAAGCGGUCGCGGCGCCGGAGCUGCAUGAAAAUGCGGCGAAGGCCUUUGUCAAAAUCAAAGCCUCCCAUAACCUCAAGAAGAAAAUCCUCCGCUUUCGGUCGGGCUCCCUGAAGCUCAUGACAACUGUCUAGUGAGGUGACUUUGUGGAAUGUAUCUGCUUCUCCUUUCGGAAGCGAGGUGCUUUUUUUUUUUGUUUUUUUUGUGUACAUAUUUCCACAGAUUUUUUGUUUUGUUUUGUUUUUAUACAAAUAUUUAAAACUUAAGGUAAAUUAUGUCACUUGUCCUGAGAACUUGGGUGGAUACCAGUGCCUUUUUAUGUGGAAAUAAAAGACCAUUAUACUAGUUUAAAAAAAGAAAAAAAAAAAGAAACCCAUAACACUGCCGUUUCAGUGGUGAACAGCCUCCCGUGCGUGGGAUCAGAAGGCUUCAAAAAGAGGUUAAUGUUUCUGGAAAUGGAUCUUCUUUGCCUAGUUUUUCCAGCUUUUGGUCUUAUAGAAGAUAUCAACAGCUUAAGGUCCUAAGUGUUUUGGGGUAAGGGGGAGGGAGUGUGGGUGGUCUUCAUGUUUUUCCUUGUCCCUUUUGGCUGCUCCUGUUGCCACAUCUUGAACUUCUUCCUCCUGGUAGUCUGGCCUGAUUUUUGUUAAUGGUGGGUCUUUCUUGUUUGUUUGGCUUUUUUUCUUUUCUUCUUGAUUCUCUUCUUGAAACUCACCCCUGUCCUUCCCCAGCCUUCCCCCACCAGGAAAGGGCUCCUCUUCAAUCUAUCUCCAAGGUUAAGUUGCCUUCUCCAGAGUGCACCCUGCUCCGACCUCCUGGGAGUCCCACUGCAGCUGGCAGUGGUGUUCAGAGUAAACUGUUGGAGCAGCUGACCAGGCUUAGUAACUUCAGUAUAAUUGUGUAAAACUGCUUUUGAAAAAGAAAAAAAAAAAAAACCCAACCAUAUGCAUGUCACGUGCAUGAGUAUCAGUAGUUUUAAUAUUCCUGUUGAUGUCCAAUUUACUGUACAUCAUCAAUGGCUGUUUUAUAUAUAUAUAUCAUUGUGUAAAUUAAUAUAACACAUCAUACGUUGUAAUAAACAGUCUGUUUUAAUACUU